CCUUUCCCCAAAAGCGCGCCCCCACGAAGCAAUCGUUCAUUCCUUCGCAUAAUCGAGGAGCGCGCGAAGGGGAACCGCACGGCACUGAAUCCGCGGCAUCUCAGCGUCGGCCUCUUCGCCGCCUUCGAUCCGAUCCUACCAGACUCCGAUCUCAGGCCCCGAUCGCGCCGCGCAUGGCCGAAGGCGACGCUCCCGCCUCUGCCGCGGCGUCCCCACGGUCGCCGGAGACGCCGUCGACGCAGAAGAGGCGGCAGCGGGGGCUUGUGUCGCGGGUGUGGAAGGGCAUCUUCGGCGGCCGCGAGGACGUGGAGAAGCUGCUGCAGGCGCUGUCCAAGGAGGAGGAAGCCGUGCGCGCUCGCCUCCGUCGCCGCGCCCGCGCCUCCCGCCAGUCCGCGCACAACGUCCUCGCCCUCGCCGCCGCGCUCGAGAUCGUCGCAGUUGGGUACGCGAUUAUGACUACGAGGUCACCGGACCUUAGCUGGCAGAUGAGGGCAGCCCGGGUGCUACCGAUGUUCCUGGUUCCUGCUCUAGCUGCUCUCAUCUACUCAACUAUUACAAGCCUCACAAAAAUGCUUGACAACAGAGACCAACAUACUCUUGAAAAGCUUCGAGCUGAAAGGCAAGCUAAGAUUGAUGAAUUGAAGGAGAGAACAAAUUACUACACUACUCAGCAACUUAUACAGAGAUAUGAUCUUGACCCUGCUGCAAAGGCUGCAGCGGCAACUGUUUUGGCAUCUAAGUUGGGUGCGGAUUCUGGAUUGAGAGUCUUUCUGGGAGAUGAGUCAAGCAGGGAUGCAGCACUGGGUAAAAGUAAUGAUACUAAUCUUGAACAAACUACUGGACUGAGGCAAAGAAAACCAGCACACUUAAGCAAUGGCACCGGAAGCACCCAUUCCCCCGAGCCAUUGGACGGCUCAAAUGUGUAUGAUGGUAAUGAAGAAGGUCUCAAUACUCCAAAUCAGAGGACUUUUGAGCACUUCAGAGGUCCAGCUGGUAAUGAUGGAGGAUGGCUUGCACGAGUGGCUGCUCUGCUUGUAGGGGAGGAUCCAACACAGUGCUACGCCCUGAUAUGUGGCAACUGCCAUAUGCAUAAUGGUCUUGCAAGGAAAGAGGACUUUGCAUUCAUCACAUACUACUGUCCCCACUGUAAUGCCCUCAAUGGAUCCCGGCAACAUGAAGGCCAUGACAUGGUAUCUAAUUCCGGCAAGGAGAGUCCUAGUUCUCGUUCUGAUGGUAGCAUUGGCCACGUCGAUGCAAGCCAUGCAAGCUCAGGUGUUGGAACUCCUGUCGCAAGCAAUUUACCAGCUGCAACUGUUGAAGAACUCCCUGCAGAAGAAGAUUCUGGGUAGAAGGCAAGUAGUGAUCAACCUGCCAAUUGAGUUCUUCGUUUUACUUUAGAGUAUGUAUUUGUGAAGUAUUGCAUCUGUAACACGGAUUUGUGUCAGGGUGUUCAAAUUUUUGUACCGCAUAGUAUAUGGAGUACCAUGUCUUGUUCAUUAUUGGCGUGUAGCGACUGGUAGCUUGGGUGGUUUCAUCGUGGCUUAGCCCCUUGGAUACCAGGACAACGCCCAUUUGCUGGCGUCUUUGCCCCAGUUGAUGGGCCUGGAUGAUGAUGGGAUGUUCAUUUCUUUCAUUCUUUGUUUAUUGAGUGUAUCAUAUAAAGAGAGGCGUUGGACAUAA